GUCACAGACCAAAGAGAAUAUUACGUUUUUGUCGAGGACCAGCUUACAAAUUCAAAGGUCCAUUUUUAAUUAUGAAUAUAUUUUAAAAUAUUAAAAUAAACAUGUCCAAUGGUGAAUAUAGACAUGUUUGGCGGAUAGUAUUCAGGAAUUUUAUUAAUUCCUUUAGGCCGAGGCAAAUUCGAGGAAAUCACAUAGGUGAAAUUUAGGAUGGAUAAUUUUAAUGGGAAAGAUUACAUAGGAAAUAUGUAUUAUGAAAUCCCGGCAAAUCCUAGUAUGGGUAAGAGAAAGGCAUCUCGAUGGUAUGAUCCACCAAAGGGUCUUGAUUUUCAAGAUCCCAUACCAGCUGAGUGGGAAUCUUGGCUACGAAUGAGAAGAGUGGAGCCUCCAACACAGGAAGAAAUUGAGAAAAACCUGGCUAUAGCAGAGUUAAAGAAGAUAAAUGCAGCUAAACUUGAACAGCAGAGACUGGCCGAGGGCGGCUCCCUUCCUGCAGCAGUGGAAAGAGGUCCUCAAUCGUUUCCCAAAUACCCAGACUAUCAUGGAGGCGAUCCCGAAAAUAAAUAUAAAAAUACAUAAUUUUAUUAGAUUUUAUUGCUUAGUUAAACAAGUUGUUAGUAGGCACCAUAGGUACUGAUUUAGUUACUCAUGCUACUUAUAAAUUAAUAUUAUAUUAUUUUCUUAGUUACAAAUAAAAUAUGUUUUCUUUA